AGUAAUGCACCAUCAAAUUACUCCAAAAGAUGAUAAGCAAAAGAAAUGAACAUGUUUACACUUACAUAGAUCAUGAAAAGCUUUGACUAGUAGACAACCCAUUGGUCCACAUUUCUUGAUGAAUUGGCCCGCUCUUUCAUUUUCAUUUUCCUCAACCAAAUGACCUCCCUAUUCAUGUACGCGCAUUCAAAGCUAAAGUUUGCAACAAACACCACUCAACACCUAAGCAUCUCUUUUCCUUUUCUCCCCCCUUUCCCUUUUUAUACUUCUUCUUGUACUCCUUACUUAUACUUUUGUCACUAAUCAUUUCACACUACACUACAUUCACAACUUCCUCACUUGCUUACCAAGUCGAUCAUGUAACUAUGACUCGACUCGAAACACUCUUCCUCACCAUAUUCUUACUAUCGUUCUGUUCUACAAACUUUGACCUUAGUUCCGCCCUUGAAUUCAAAGAAGCACCUAAAUUUUACAACUCCCCAAAUUGUGUAAACAAUGAUCAAACCGUCCACAUUGCAAUGACCCUAGACGCCACGUACCUCCGUGGCUCUAUGGCCGCGAUCUUAUCAAUCGUCCACCACUCCACUUGCCCCGAUAACCUCCGAUUCCACUUCAUAUCGGUCUCCUCCACCGCCACGAGUCGUGAUCUCAACCGUACAAUAGCCACCUCCUUUCCUUACCUCACAUAUUACAUGUACUCAUUGGAUGACGCUAAUGUUGCCGGUCUUAUUUCCACGUCUAUACGGUCAUCCCUCGACUGCCCGUUAAACUACGCGAGAAAUUACUUAGCUGCCCUUUUGCCGGAGCGUGUGAAGCGCGUGGUGUAUCUUGACAAUGAUGUUGUUUUGGUUGAUGAUAUUGGUAAACUUGCUGCUACUUCUCUUGGAGAAACCGCUGUUUUGGCUGCUCCCGAAUAUUGUAACGCUAAUUUCAGAACGUAUUUUACGCCGUCGUUUUGGGCUAAUCCUGCUUUGUCUAUGACAUUUGAAGGCAGAAAAGCUUGCUACUUUAAUACAGGUGUGAUGGUGAUUGAUUUAGAGAGGUGGAGAAAUGGAGAUUACACAACAAAAAUUACAGAAUGGAUGGAAUUACAAAAAAGAAUGAGGAUUUAUGAAUUGGGCUCAUUACCACCUUUUUUAUUGGUUUUUGCUGGGAAAAUAGCCCCAGUUGAUCAUCGCUGGAACCAACAUGGGCUUGGUGGCGAUAACUUUCGUGGGCUUUGUAGGGACCUACAUCCAGGCCCAGUUAGUCUGUUACAUUGGAGUGGUAAAGGUAAGCCUUGGGCCCGUUUAGAUGCUAAACGGCCCUGUCCAUUGGACUCACUUUGGGCCCCUUAUGAUUUGUUGCAGACACCUUUUUUACUUGAUUCCUGAAAAAAAAAAAGUACCUUUUUAUGUAGUAUUUUCUAUCAUCUAUAGGUAGGGAUGUUAGGAUGCAUAUAACAUACUAUAUGUAUACGUAAGUUUUGUUAUUAUUACAAGUAACUUCCAAUGUAUUGAAGUUGUAGAAAUACAAAAAUGAGCUUGUUUAUCAUCAACUUGUUGAUAACAAGAGAAAACGCGCGUAUAAACGUACACAUUAGAAUGAAAGGUUCAACCUGUAUGGUUGCUACGUACUUA